AGUAACAUUUUUCACUCACACCGUCGAACCGACUUCAAAAAAAGAAAAAAACUUUAAAAACCUCUUUCAUGCUUUUAGACCAUCCCUUUGCCUCUUUCUCUCCUAUCUAUCUCUCUCUCUCACUCUCUCUCGCUCACUGCUCUGUGAAAACUCUUCAACUUCCUUCUUCUUCCCCCACUCUCUCUCUCUCUCUCUCUCUCUCUCUCUCUCUCGCUCGCUCUUACCAAAAUGGCUCACUCAGCGUUCGUAAUUUUCACGGUGUUCGCUUUGGUGGCUGGCUCGGCUCUAGCCCAGGCUCCAACAGCCGCGCCGACCGCUUCGCCAACGAAGUCCCCUCCGGCUUCUUCUCCGACUCCGGUGGCUUCGCCUCCGGCUAAAACUCCAACUCCGACGGUCUCUCCUCCGACCUCAUCUCCGCCAGCCUUAUCUCCAACUCCUUCGGCUCCGGCUUCAUCUCCUUCGGCCACCGUGUCGCCACCUGCGUCUUCCCCAACCGGCUCUCCUCCAGCUCCUCCUACUUCCGGUCCAUCAUCAGGCGUUCCUCCAUCAAUCAGCCAGGUUCCAACUCAGUCUCCGACUUCACCUCCUGGCAAUGGUGCUGCCUUGAACAGAGUCGCUGGAGCCGGAUCCCUAGCCGCGAUCGUCUUCGCCGCCUCCGUUUUACUGUAGAUCUGACCGGAGAUUUGGCUUAUUUACCAUUUAGAUGGCUUUUUGUGUUGUUGAGUAGGAAGUAGUAGUAGUAGUUUUUUUUAUUAUUAUUAUUUUAAAAUUGUUUUUUUUUUUUUUUCUGUUUUCAAUCUUAGUUCUAGUACUAUUAUGAUGGUGGAGGAUCAUAUCGGACGGUGACAGGUUGAUAGCGAUGGACGGUGGCGAUUUGAUUUAUGGUUCCUUUACGAUUCUAUUAUUGUUUGACGCUUUGUUAUAUUUGCGCACCAUUUUUAUUGUUAUUAUUUGCGGAUUA